AUGUCAUCAAAACCACUUAUUCGUUUCCAAGUGAUACACUACUAUCUCAUUCCAAUAAUAGCACUAAUAGUAUGGUGGGGGAUGUUAAUCGCCAUGUUGUCAUGUUGGGGUGCCCAAGGCCGACCAAUCUAUUCAUUUAUGAACGGAGAAUACCAAAACCCAGUAUACAUUUCCGAUAUCGGUGCCACUAAUCUUCAACCAUUAUUCAUCUCCUGUUCUGGUUUCCAGGCAAUUUUCUUUGUUGGAACAUUAAUAAUGGGAUUUUAUUUACGUUAUAAGUCUGGUAAAAUUCAACCAUAUAUUUCGAAACAUCAACCUCGUUUAGCCAUUGCUAGUAUAAUUUGUGCUGCUAUUGGACAAUUGGGAAUUGUGUUUGUUGCCAUAUUCAAUACCAAGAAUUUCCAUCCCGUACACAUUUCAAUGGUGGGUGUGUUUAUUGCCUUUUGCUUUUUAGCUUGUGUUUGUGAUUUCACCAUUUCAUUUAUAUUUGGUACCAAUCCUUCUAAAUUAGAUCCAGUUCAUGAUCAAGUGGUAUUUGGCACUUCGAAAUUUGCCAAUUUAUAUUUUGUUUCAUUCAUGUUGAAAUUAGUAUGGUUAUUUGCCGCAGUGGCAUUUGCCAUUUGUUUUGGGGUAUAUAUGAAAAACGAUCAAAAUUCCAAAUCAGCUAUUUUUGAAUGGUUAAUUUCAUUCUGGUAUGGAUUAUUGUUGGUCAUGUGGUCAAUGGACUUGUUACCUAGUGCUUUAAGAAAAUACAGAUUCAAACAUCCUGAUAUGUAUCCUCGUUAUGUCCAAUACCAUGGUAAUGUCAAUAAUAAUAAAGCCAACGAUUAUGAAAGUCAAUGGAUUAAAGAUGCAAGAGAAGGUAAUUCAUCUUCAGAAAUCGAUGAUAACCGGACUUAUGUAGGUAAUGGAGGUCCAAUGUCUCCUAGAUUGUCUUAG